CGUUGGUGGGCAACGCCGUCGCUGUCGUGCAGAAAAAAAAAAAAAUCACUGUACACGUCUCAUGCGCAGGCAAAGCGCUCCCCCGAACAAGUAGGUCCCGGCUUCGUGCUCGACGGCUCACGAUGAAGCUGGAUCCCAAGCAAAUACGAUACCUCACCCCCGAGGACUGGCGUGUCCUCACCGCGGUCGAGCAAGGCUCCCGCAACCACCUCGUCGUCCCCACGUCCCUCAUCGUGACCCUCACCAACGCCCGCGGCGGCUCCCAGAUCAGCAAGUCCAUUUCCAGCCUCGCAAAGACAAAUCUCAUCUCCAGGGUCAAGAACGCCUCCUACGAUGGCUACCGUCUCACGUACGGCGGACUGGACUACCUGGCCCUGCACGCGCAUCUGAAGGCCGGCACGAUAUUCAGCAUAGGCAACCAGAUCGGCGUCGGCAAGGAGAGCGACAUAUACGUCGUCGCGUCGUCCAGCGGCAGGAGGAUGGUGCUCAAGAUCCACAGGCUGGGCCGAGUCUCGUUCCGCACGGUGAAGAACAACCGCGACUACCUUCGCAAGGGCGGCAGUGGCUCGUGGAUGUACAUGUCGACGCUCGCCGCGCGCAAGGAGUGGACGUUCAUGCGCGCCCUUCGAGAAAGCGGGUUCGCUGUGCCCGAGCCCGUCGCUUGGAACAGGCACACGGUCGUCAUGGAGCUCAUCGACGCCUUUCCCCUGCGCCAGAUAUCGACGGUGCCCAAGCCCGAGGAGCUGUAUGCUCGGCUGCUGGAGAUCAUUAUCCGACUCGCGCAGCACGGCCUCAUACACGCCGACUUCAACGAGUUCAACCUGCUCGUCCAGGAGGAAGAGAUUCCGGGCACGGGCGUGCAGGAAGACGGCCAGCUGCCCGAGCUCAAACUCACCCCGGUCCUCAUUGAUUUUCCCCAAACCUUGUCCAUCUCCCAUCCAAACGCCGAAUACUACUUCAGCCGUGACGUGAAUUGUAUAAAGACCUUCUUCGAACGAAGAUUCCACUUCGUGUCCGACGAGCCAGGACCUUUUUUCGCCGAUGCCAUCAAAGGUGCCGGCAUCGCCGAUGGCGUGCGGAGAUUGGACGUCGAAGUUGAGGCGAGUGGGUUCAGCAAGAAGAUGGCCAAGGACCUCGAGAAGUACAUGGAGGAGCAUGGUGUGGACGGGGACCGCGGGGAGGCGCCGGACGACGAAGACGACGAGGAUCCUGAAGAGAAACACGACGGAGAUGGCUCCAGCCCGGCGACAGAUAAGAUCGAAGCUUCCACAGCGGAAGGCAACGACUUUUCGGUCAAGCAAUCGGACGAAGGCCAGUCUGUCGUGGAUGGCAUGACCAUAUUACGUCUAGACGAGGAGCCUUUGCCCCCAGAGCCUUCCUUUGACACCGUAUCCAUAGCGGGCACAGGCGUUGCGUCAGCGGCAAAUAAGCAGCGCAUCACGGCCGCCAAAAAGGCAAAAGGCUGGGCAAUAUAAGAUGCGAUAAAUGUGGACGUAAGCAGAGAAUUUAUGAACAACAUGAUACCCAUAAUAUAUUCGUGCAGAUGGC